AUGGCAGGUGCCAUCCUGUUUGUGCUCAAGUUCGGCGCGUUGCUGGCAAGAUAUGUUGUCGGGAGAAUUGUAUACAACAUCAUAUACAACCUCUUCAUCUCCCCCCUCAAAGCAUUUCCGGGCCCCCUCCUGUACAGAAUCAGUAGCCUACCCCUAGACAUCAUCUCCAUAAAAGGAGUAGCCCACCACAAACUGCGGGAGCUUCACGACAAAUACGGGCCCAUAGUGCGUAUCCGCCCGUACGAACUCUCGUACAUCACCAGCGCCCCUUGGAAGGACGUCUACGGUUUCCGUCCCGGUCACGAGGAAUUCUUCAAAGCGGAAAGGCUUAUUUGUCCUGGCCAAGUACUGGGGAUCCUCGACGCCCCGCGCGAUGACCAUAGACGGUACCGCCGACUCCUCGCACACGCUUUUUCCGCCCAGGGGCUGCGCCCCGUCAACGUGGUUGACUGGCUCAGCUGGGUCACAGCGGAUAUCAUUGGUGAUCUUACCUUUGGGGAGCCGUUUGGAUCCCUGGAUACGGCGAUGGAGCAUGAGUGGACGGGAUUUGCGGCCAACAUACUGAAGCCAGCCACGGUGAUCCUGAUCCUCAAGAGCUGGGGCGUCUUGGACGCCCUGUGGUUACUCAUACCGAAGAGCGCCAUGAAGGCCGGGGAGGAUCAUAAAAAAUGGAUAGCUGAGCGCGUACAGCGGCGUGUGAAUCUCGGCAAGGAGAGAGGGGACUUCCUGGAUUAUGUCCUUAAGCGCGGUCUCGUCGUCGAUAGCGCAACAGCGGGAGGCCAAAAGCAGCAACCCGUGGGCGACGAGAAGGGCAUACGGCUAGAAGAACUUAACGAAAACGCAUACCAACUCGUCCUAGGGGGAAGCGAAACCACGGCCACCGUACUGAGCGGCACUAUAUUUUAUUUGCUCCGCAAGCCGGACAUACUGAGGCACGUAACGGCUGAGGUCCGCACCAAGUUUCCGGACAGUACGGACAUCACCAUUGACUCUCUCACCCCUUCCAGCGCGCCCUAUCUUGAUGCCGUGCUACAGGAGGGUCUGCGGCUAUACCAUCCUACCCCUCUAUACGGGGCGCGUCUUGUCCCAGCUGAAGGGGACAUAGUAGAUGGCGUAUUUCUGCCCGAGGGAACCAAAAUCAGCCUCCGGCUCUACGUCGCCUUCACAUCGUCGGUGAACUUUGCAAGACCACGGGAAUUCGUGCCGGAGAGGUGGUUGGCUGUCGGUGAUGAUCACAACGAAGAGCAGACAGGAGGAAAAGGGAGGGAAAACAAGAGAUGUGGCGAAUUCGCGCACGAUAACCCCGAUGGUGUCUUUCAGCCCUUCAGUGCGGGCCCGCGGAAUUGUAUUGGUAUGAACCUGGCGAAUGCCGAGAUGCGGCUCAUCAUGGCGAGCCUACUGUGGCAUUUCGAUUUGGGCAAGCCGCGGGACAUGGGCAAAGAGGAGGCGGAGAGAUGGGAGGAGUGGGUUGAAAGGCAGAAGGUUUGGUUUUUGUGGCAUAAGGGGCCGCUUAUGAUGGAUGUUAAGACCAGGGGGGAUAGGUUGUAG